UACAAUUAUAAUACUUAUAACUAUUUUUGAAUUUAAAAAACAAAAAUCAAGAAAAUUAGCAGAAUGCUUCUAAAAUACUAUUUUUAAAGAUAAUCUAAUGCUUUUUGUUAAACUAUCGAUUUGAUAAAUCGAAUCGAAUUGAAUGUUAUGUGUAUUAUGUAUCACAGGCGUAGGUUAUAUGUAUUUUCUAAGUGACAUUUAGUGAUAGCUCUAUUCUCAUUUGACAUUAAUAAAGAUUUAUUUUUGUAAACAUCUCUGCUAUUUAUCUUUCACAAUCUAAAUGGAAACUAAACCAAAAAGUGAACAUCUACUAGAAUUGAAAGUAAUGAGGUUAACACGACCUACGCUUGCAAGUCCAGUAGUUAUUACUUGUGAUUCAACAGAUCUUCCUGGUAAUACUUUAAAUAAUGAGCUUAAGAAUGAUUGUACUGCAUUACAAGGAAUGGAAACCCUUGCAGUAGGACAGUUUAUGGUAUUACCGCAAAGUUUUGGUAACAUUUAUUUAGGUGAAAUAUUUUCAAGUUAUCUUUGUGUACAUAACGGCAGCAAUCAGAUCGCAAAGAAUGUUACUGUUAAAGCAGAUUUACAAACAAGCACACAGAAUAUAUCUCUUUGUGGUAAUAGUGGAGAAAUGAAAGAUUUAGCACCUGACAAUACAGUUGAUGAAGUCAUACACCACGAAGUAAAAGAAAUAGGCACACAUAUAUUAGUAUGUGAAGUAACUUACACCCCAGGAAAUUUAAGUAGCACUGCACAAUCAUUUAGAAAGUAUUUUAAAUUUCAAGUGGUAAAACCAUUAGAUGUUAAAACAAAAUUUUACAAUGCAGAGUCAGAUGAAGUAUAUCUGGAAGCUCAAAUACAGAAUCUCACAGCUGGCCCAAUUUGUUUAGAAAAGGUUUCGCUUGAAUCAUCUCAUUUAUUUACUGUAUCAACGUUAAAUACAAAUGAAAAGGGAGAAUCUAUUUAUGGAUUAGUUAAUAUAUUAGAUACCGAUUGUAGUAGACAAUAUUUAUAUUGUUUAAAACCACAAUUGAGUUUAUUAAAAGAUCCAAAAAUGAUGCAUAAUGCAACAAACAUUGGAAAGUUAGAUAUUGUUUGGAGAAGUAACUUGGGGGAAAGAGGAAGAUUACAAACAAGUCAAUUACAAAGAAUGGCACCUGAAUUUGGUGAUAUACGAGUUACAAUGAAAAAUAUUCCUGUCACGGUUUACCUUGAACAAUCAGUGAAUUUCAAUUGUCAUAUAAUAAAUACGUCUGAAAGAAGCAUGGAUUUAAUGUUAAGUUUGGAAUCAAGUAACUCUAUAGCAUGGUGUGGAAUAUCUAAUACAAUCAUAGGAACAUUGAAACCUGGUGUUUCGAUAGAUAUUCCUUUAUGUUUAAUUCCCUUACGUAGUGGUAUAAUAGUAAGUAUUUUGUAUAAACAUUAUAAUGAUGUUACGUUACGAUGUGCGUUACGGAAAGUAGUACAUUUCGUUUGUCUUAUGAAGACUAGCACGUUUCAUCAUUUCCAUCAAUAACUAGCAUGUUUAACAUUAAUCACGAUAAGGAGCACGAUUCACAGUACAUCACGAGCAAUAUCAUAUUUCGAACAUUGCGGCGAAGAGUGGCAGGUUUUAUUUGUCCUACGAAGAUUCAAAUAAAAAAGGUACGUAAAUGAAAAUUUUGAAACGGUGCGUCUCAAAGUAGAAUAUUAUAGAAUAUAGAUUAUAAAAUGUAUAAGAUACUAAAAUUCAAUUAUUAAAAAUUUAUCAGCAUUAGUGUUUAAAAGGUCUUAUUCUAAGGGAAUGUAUUCAAUGUUAUAGUAAUAUUAUUAAUUAAAUAAAUUAGUUUGUUUAUAUUUGA